AUGUGGAUAUUAGAAGGGCCAUUUGAUGGGGAGCUUGGUGACAUUCAAUGCAAAAAAUCGAAGCUCCUGAAGACAGGCACUUCAUACCUUCUGGGUCGCAAGGGCCAACCACUCCUCAUCAACAACAAGAAGGUCUCUCAAGAGCAUUGCGAAUUCGUUACGGGGCCAUUUGGUCCUGACGACGUCGUGCAAGUGUCGCGGCGACCCUUACUGGAAUUUGUGAACAAGCGAAAUAAGAUUGUCAAGCUCCUUCGAGGACCUAAAGAGCUGGCUGUGAACCCGGGAGCACGUGCGGGCUUGGAGGACGGCGACAUAUUAACCAUCGUCACGGAUAUUUCAAUACGGGUGAAAUGGGAGCCGAUAUGUUGCUACAUUUCUUCUGCAAAAGGCCAGACUAUUCCCUCGGCGGCUGCCUGCGCGCCUCUAGGAAUACACAUGUCCCAAAUUCACAAUCCACACGUAACCCACCACCUUGCACCAUCGUUUACGAGCUCAGUAGCUAUGGCCCUAUCUCUGUUAUCGCUUUGCAAGUUUGCUAGAGUUGACUGGCUCAAUGAAAUUCUACGCCUCGGUGAGCUACCUCAAAAUAACUCGCCCACAAAUGGAGUAUCGCUUGAGCAAACUUUCAUUCUACCCCUCCUUUCAAAAUACCGACCUACUUUCUCUCCUCAACUACCUCCGCGCCUCAAGGAGUACAAAGUAUGGGACCCCAAUGAAGAGCGAGUGAAUAUGUUCACGGGAUUUCGUUUCCUUUUCACUGGCGAGAAAGGGAGAGAGGUUGAUAACAAUACAAGGGAGAUGGUAACCAGGGGUGGCGGCGAAUACGAAGUGAUCCCCGUCAAUGCAGGACAUACGAAGUGGCAUCAAGCAAUCACAAAGGGACUACUUCGUGUCAAAGGCGGUGGUCAGCGUUUCUUGGUUGUAGGAGAUGAAGCCGCAAUCAAAGCUGCAAUAGGCGAUGCUGGUUGGACUGAAAUACACGGCCUUUUGGAAAGGCAACUCACCCUCACCACUGUCAACGACCUCCUUGAUGCCGUUAUGACAUCGGAUGUCUCCCACAUUGCAAACGCCCCACCCUCACGUACAUCAGAUACGCGUAGAUCACCGCAAGCAAGCUCGUCUCCUUUGCCAAGCAUCGUCCCUAAUACGCUUGCUGAUGAGCCGUCGCAACUGCCAUCCGCUUCCCAGCAUCGCAUGCAAGAUUCGCCGCCUCCCAGAGACGCAGAGGAAGUGGUCAAAGUCCUGCCCACAAGGAGACUUACGCGCCGUGCAACGUCUCGACAACCCUCCCAGGAGCCUUCAAAUGUAGCAACCCCUCCCUUACCCUCUCAACCUCCUGAAAUACCCGCCGAUCCCCCUACUCGACCGCGUCGCGCUCUGACUCGCCGAGUCAAAGAAAGUGGGGCGCCGCUGAUCUUGGGCAUUGAUGACCCUUCGAUGGUCAUAGAUUCGCUUCCUGAAUCCUCCUCAAAUCCAACGCCGCUGAGUCCCUCGGGUACCCAGGGCCGUCCGUCGAGGCUGAAACGAAGACUUGGUGCAGCGUCAAACACACUAGAGUCCCAAUUGUUUGCCGUGCCCUCUCUCCCCGACGUGGAGCCACCUCUCAAGAAAUUCAAAGCCCUCUUCGAUGCUAGCGACCCGGACAAGUUAGAGGACAUGUUCAGUCAGACUCAGACUCAAAGCACAUCAGACCCCAUUCGAGAUUCUGUUCAACGCCCAACUGCCUUGGCCGACGUGAGAGAAGAGGAGGAAGAGACCCAGCCACCUGUCGCGAAGCCUCCAAGCGUUGGAUUGAGGGGUAUCAAACGCAAAUCUCCACCGAGGUCAACAAAUGACGAUAACCCCACUGGACCGCCGGCCGAUCUGCCCCGCAGUUCAAAGAGGCGACAGACCGAGACACAAUCCACCGGGACUGGAAGUCAGUUGGAUCAGGAUGUUGCCUUCCUCAAGGCUGUGGCAUCCGCCGCUAACCAGCCGGAUGCCGACAUCGAGCUGGACGAGGAUUUCCGGCAGCUUCGUGUAGCAGGGGAAGAUCGAGAGAACGAGGCAAAGGCGUGGGCAGUCUUGGAGGAGUUUGGUGAUGAUUCUCACCUCCGAGGCAACUUUAUGGUGGUCGUCGAAAUGGAUCUGUACAGAAAGGAUCUGUCCAAACGCCGCGCAGAGGCCGAAGCCGCGAGUGCUCGAUGGCAGGGUGUUCCUAAUUUCAAGAAAUUCAAGAAAAAGAAGACCGAUGUUGUUCGCAAAGCACCGAUUGUCUUGGAGGCAGUUGGUGGUAGCGAUCAUGCAGUUGCUCCAGAGUAUUGGAAGGACGACGCUGUGAAACAUCGUAAUCCAUCCCAAGAAACAUCUACUCUUGUUGAGGAAAAACAGACUCAGAAGCCUCGUAGUCGUAGCAAGAUGCCAUCGCAGGCGGCGAAGUCCCAGGCGUCACUGUUCCUAGAGGACUCAGAUGAAAUCAAGGAAGAUAAAAACGACCUGGAGUCGGACGAGGAUUUCAGAGAACAGCCCGCGCCUGAAUCCCGUGCCAGUCAACGUGGUGUCAGGAAAGCACCAGCGAGGGCUGUGACGAGGGGCCGCGCUGCCAUUAUGGAUGACGACUCCGACGAUGAUGCAGUAUUCAAAUUUAAGUAA